GCUGUCUGAAUUGCUCCAGGCCUGGAUCCGAUCGUUGUGUGCGGACCAGCAGAGCUUUGGAACGCCUCUAUCCACGAUGCCUGAAGGAAGGGAUCCAGGGAUCUCAACAACAACAGUCCUGGGCCAUUGUCUACGGAUCCUGCUCAAACCACUUUGUGGACACCGGUUCCUCAAGGUCGGGAGCCUCCUGCUUCUGAUGCUUUGUCUGAUCACGAUGUUUCUGUGGAGCAGAGGUUGGACACACAGCAGGGUCCAGCCCCCGUGCCCCUCGAGGUUAAACGGCACCUCCUUCCUGAUGCAGCCCGCCAGCCGGUGUGAUAACAGUGCCCCCUUCCUCGUCCUGCUGGUCACCAGCUCCCCCGAUCAGUUCCGUACUCGCGCCAUAAUUCGCCAGACCUGGGGGAGCGAGAGACGGGUCGGCGGAGCCAAGUCGGUCACCUAUUUCCUGUUAGGACACGGGCGUCAUCGACAGGACUGGAUCCGGCGGGAGGGCGCUCUACACGGGGACAUCAUCCAGGGUGAUUUCGAUGACACCUACCGCAACCUGACUUUAAAAGUGCUGCUGGGUCUGGAGUGGCUCUGCUGCUCCUGCCCCUCCGCUUCAUUCGUGAUGAAGACCGACAGCGACAUGUUCGUCAACACGGACUAUCUGAUGGAGCUCCUGUCCCGGGACCCGCUCCGGAAGAACCUCUUCACUGGCAUAAUCAUGAACGGCUUCGGACCUGUUCGUCAAAAAUCCAGCAAAUGGUACGUCAGCAAGGACGACUACCCCAGGGACAGGUACCCACCCUACUGUUCCGGCACCGGAUACGUCCUCUCAUCUCACCUGGCCUGCCGUGUGUGGGAGGUCUCCGAGACGGUGCCCAAGAUAAGAAUAGAGGAUGUUUACGUGGGACUUUGCCUGGCUGAGCUGAAGGAAAAACCUAUGAAAAUUCACACUCGACCAGUCUUCAACGGUUACAAGGUACCGUUCUCCAUCUGCACCUACCGGCAGCUCGUCACCUCCCACUGGGUCGGAGACGACGAUAAACUGGUCUAUUGGAGAGGGCUGCAGCAAUCAGCCGAUGAGAAAUGCCCGGGAGACCUGUGACGGAGACCGCAUUGCCUCCUCCGCCCCAUCAGAGACAAGAAAGGCGUAAUCUCUACGUUAGAACGUUGCGUCUAUCCGACGAGGGAAACAACGAAGAAGCAAGUAAGCUCUUAUAGUUGGAUUCUUCACACACAGACCAGUGUGAGCACAAUGGGGUACUUGGGUUAAAUACAGCGCGGAUGAAAGGGCGUCUCUGACUACGUCAUAGGUGUCGAUAAAUGCCUAGGAAAGAACUCUGACCUGAAACGCAACUUUGUUUCUAUUUCUGGAACCAAUGUCUGGCCUGAUGUGUUUCCAGCAUUGACUGUUUUUAUCUGCGAUUUUCAGCGUAUGUGGCGUUUUUAUUAAAUUUCCUGUCGACCAAAUUUGUUUCUGAGCUAUGGGAAGAAAAUCAAUGUCCGGUGAAGAAGCGGGGGUCAGCGAGGAGCGCGUUCACCACUCUCACCUUGUGGAUCGCGCGGCUCCUGAAUCUAUUGGUGAUGAUAACGCAGGGAGCCGAGAUAUCAGUGACGUAAUCCCACAAACAUCAGUGUAACGGGCUCAGCUCUCCGUCCCGGUUCCAUCGGACGAACACAGACAUCCGGCAACACACAGUGGAUUAGAACUGCAGGCUGUGGACAUUCGGUUGCAACGGACUGCUGUUCAACUUGCCCUAAAUGAACAUGCAAAAGAGUUUUACACAUUGACACAUCAUAAACUUUGCGAAAUGAAGCAGAUGAGAUUAAUAUUGGGUGCCAUGGGAAAUGAAUGAAUGAUAUAUGUUAGACAGAGGGCGGGGAGAGGAAGAAGAUUAAAAACACGAUGAUGUUGCAGGAAAUCAGCAGGCCAGGCACCAUCCAAGGAGCAAAGCAAGCAGUCAACAUUUCGGGUCAGGACCCUUCUUCAGGACUGAAAUUAGGAAAAGAGGAAGCCCAGUAUAUAUGGGGGGAUGGGGGUUGUGAGCAGAGCAGUGAUAGGUGGACGAAAGAGGGGAGCUGAGUGUUGUGAAACAGAUUCUUCGUCUCGAACGACAAGGACUAUGAACACAGUCUUAGAGUUAAAUGGUUUGUUUACAAAGGCAAACGCGGGGAAAAGGUAACGGGGCAACACACACACACACACACACACACACACACACACAC